AUGAUGCAUGACACACCAGAUGAGCAAGGUCUCAGUCACACCAACAAGGCAUCUGCUACAUCUGAAGAAAAUGAGAUCACAACACAGCAGGAAAAAACAGAAACGCCACUUGGGAUUCCUAUGGCUAAAACACCAGCUUCCAGUGGAUUAUCUGAAAUGACAAUUGAGCCGAAAAUCCAAGACUUGUAUGGCUUAAUAAAAGACACCAUCACAUUAGAACAGUUAAAAGAAAAAAUUAGUUAUCUUAAAAAACAUAAACCUGAUGAUAUGGCUUCAUUUAAGUCAGCAUACAAGGUACAAAUCACACAUUGUGGAGACUCCAUAGAAAUCCAAGGUCAAAGGUCAAAUGUUUUUUCAGCAAAGUCUAAAUUACUUGACUUGUUUUCUGCUGCAAAAUAUGGUUGGUUUCCUUUGGAGAAUGCUGAACAGGUAAACCGACUUGAGAGUAAGGAUGGAGAAAAGCUUAGGAAAGAACUGGAACAAAAGAAUCGGUGCUAUGUUAGUUUGGUGAAAAAAUCUGAACUCUCUGGUGCUGUAAAACCAGCUAAGAAGACCCAGCCAACCAAGGUGUUUUGCUGCUGGACAACUACAAGAAACCAGACAGUUCAGGUGAUGAGUGGGGGGAUGUCUUCAGAUGAAUGUGAUGUUCUGGUCUUGCCAGUGCUGGGAGUGGACAACAACCCAAAGCAGCCAACAUGGAUUAAGGAAGAAAAAUCUGGCAUAUUCAGCAACGUUUUAGAUGAAAUACAUGAGCAAGGAUGUGUCUUAAAGCAAACUGUAAGCAGUAAAACUAAAUUUGUCUUCCUGAGCUUUCCAUCCGAAUGGCAAGGUGGAGCUUCAAGGGAGAAAAGUACAAUUGAGAAUUCCAUGAAAGGGUUGUUUAACUCAUUGCGCGAUGUGUACAGCGAGUCUGGCCCAUUACAACCAAUGGUUGUGCAGAUUGAUCUUCAGGAUUUGAAUGGAUUUCCACUUAAAAAGGCUCUGAAGCCAAUUAUAUACACAUUGAAUUCUGAACUUUUGCGUUUUGAACAUCCAAUUUGCCUUGUGUUAUCUGUGGUUGAAGAAACAGAUGCUGAAGAUUUAACAGAAGCAUUUAAAGAUGUUAUGAAAAGGAAAGUAAUAGCAGGAAAAUUUGAAAAUUAUACAAGCAGAAUCAUCUGA